ACAAUAUAGUACAGGAGAACACCUUUGGUCUGAUCAGAACAUCCCAGCUUCACUGCAAGAGCUGCCAUUAUAAAAAAACAAAUAUAAUGCCAUAGAACCAGGGCAGGUUUCUUUUCUUUUUUUUUUUUUUUUUUUUAUUAAAGAGCUGAUUACCUAUGUGUCAUUACUUCAAAAGGAGAAAAAACAGAAAUCAUUUAUUGCAGAUCCUACCUUAGUCUGUAAAGAUAAUCAGACCAUGGGAGGUGAUAAGAAGACUCCAAGGGCCAUUGGUGCCCAGCAGCUGGCAGGAAUCCUACGGCACAGAAGUGAGGAAGUAUUGGUUGUUGAUUGCCGGACCUUUACAGAAUACAACACACUGCAUAUUAUCAAAUCUAUCAAUGUCUGCUGCUCAAAGUUGCUAAAAAGGAGACUUCAGCAGGACAAGGUGACGGUCAGAGAGCUUCUUCAAUCAAACUCCAAGGCCGACACAUCAAGUGAAAAGCAUGUGAUAGUGUAUGAUCAGGGUACUCAAGAAUUCUGCACAGGCGAGUUUGUAUCAGUUGUACUUGGAAAACUGGAGAAGUACUUCAGCUGUAUCUCAUUUCUAGAAGGUGGCUUUGGUGCAUUUUCUUCCCAAUAUCCAAAUCUGUGUGAGGGGAAGUCAGCCAUUGUGUUCCAGUCUAGCAUCUCUCAGCCCUGCCUUUCCACAGCAAAUAUUGCACUGACACGAAUUUUUCCUUACCUAUACCUGGGAUCACAGAAUGAUGUGCUAAAUAAGGAUGUCAUGGCUGAGAAUGGUAUCACCCAUGUACUCAAUGUGAGCAACAGUUGCCCCAAACCAGCGUACAUCCCUGAGACACACUUCCUGCGCAUUCCUGUUAAUGACAGCUACUGUGAGAAAAUUCUGCCAUGGCUCAACAAAGCUGUAGAUUUCAUAGAUAAAGCAAAGCUGUUAAAUGGGAGAGUCCUUGUUCACUGCCUGGCUGGUAUCUCACGCUCUGCUGCCAUAGCAAUCGCCUAUGUCAUGAGGACUCUGGGACUGUCCUUAGAUGAUGCUUACAGAUAUGUUAAAGAGAGAAGGCCUUCUGUAUCCCCCAACUUCAACUUCCUGGGCCAGCUGCUGGAGUAUGAAAUGACUUUAGACCUGAAUCUGCCCCCAGCAUUCCUAACACACUCGCUCUCACACACAUACAGUCUACUGGACAGAAGACCGCCUGAACAUAAGUGUGUCUGGGAGCAUAAGGGAGUAGGAGGCCCCAGCCACUUUAUGCAGACAAGUUUCAAGGUGGAAGACACUGACAACUCAGCAGAAGUGGAGGUAGCGCUUGAUGGCAGCAAAGUGGCUGAGGAUUGUGAGGAAGGCUCAUCAGGAGUCAAAUCACUAGAGAACAAACUCUGCAGUUUAAAGGUCUCAGAACAGAGUCCAGACCCUAUUAGCAUGAAGCGUUCCUUCUCACUGGACAUCAGAUCAGUCUAUACUUCAUCCUCUUCUACAGUAUUGGACAGGCACACUGGUUUUUACCAUACUGCAAAACCAGCAGAGACUGGUCCUGCCUCCAAGCUGUUUGGAUUCCGAAACAGAAUCUUUGGCUUUGGACUUAAUCUUUUUUCAAUGUUCACAGAUAAUACAAAGACUGCAGAACUGCCCACAGUCAGGGAUGAUGAACAAGCCAGUGGGCAGUUGUGGUGUACUAUGCAGGCAAGCAGUAACCACAGCAGGCUUGCCCCUUCAGUUUGUGCUGCUAAAGUAGAUCAGACAAGGACUACAUCUGAUCACCAGAUCACACAUGUAAGAGUAGUUGCAGAAGAGUCACCACGGCAACCAUUUGUACUCAGUAUGCCUAGCUGCAAGCAGCAGGGCUUAUUCAGUCGGGAUAAUCAUUCAGACAUAGUAAAUCCUCAGAGAACUGUUUCUCCACUACCCUUAUAAAAACUGCUUUGUUUUAAAGGCAUUUGUAUUUAUUUUUAAACAUGUACAAGAAAGCAGUAAGACUUGGCACAUUUGCUUCAUACUUAUAUGAGUGCAGCUUUCAGUACAAUUAUCAUCUGGUAGGCAAGGCAAUAGCCAGCCAUUUGCGGGAUGAUAAUAUUGGCUUUGGAAGAAGUGAGUUCUACUGAUGACAGUGUUUACAAACAAUAAGUGUUCUCUGAACAGGCCAGAGGUGCUCAGUCUGUGGUCAGAAAGGUUUUGUCUAUUUAAACAGAAGGCAUACCUGAAACAGUGAGUGCUGAUGUUUACAAGAGCAUUUCUUCCCUCCCGUUUAUUUUACAUUAUGACCACAAGAAGAAUGGUUUAUAUCCAGCCGCAAAGGACAGAGAAGAGAGGACUUAAGGUGGCCAAAAUUUUGCAAAAGAAACAAAACAAUGAAGCACUGUACAACAGCUCAUGCUUUUUUUUGCUUUACCGUGGCUGGACCAUUGGAGGAAGAGGGGUGAUUUCUUUUGUAUUUUUACAUUUGCAAGCAUGUUUGUUAUUUAUAAAAUCUGUGCAGCAAAUAUUGUUGUCCAUGAAGUGUAUAGCAGCUACAUUUGUUAACUAUCAGAAUUUUCUGAUUUUGUUAAUCUGUCAAGAGAUUGCCUAUGUUGUAUUGAAUUUAUAAGGUUGACAAAAGCAAUGGGUGCCCAUUUCUUACUUUGAUAUUCCUCUCAGAUUUUAGGAUGUGAACAAUACGUUGUGACUUGCUGAUGACUGCAAAAAACAAAGCUUGAAUCAAAGACAGCAGCAAAGAUUGAUACCUUAAAAUUAAAAGAUAUGAUUCCGUACCACUAAAUCUGCCUACUACUUUUGAUUGCAUUAGAGAUCUAGACAGAUGACCUAGUCUGUCUUCACACAUAUACCUCUCAACCUGUUAGAGCAAGAAAUCUGGACAAAGGCACAAAUAAUGGGGGGACAAAGGCCUAAAAAUAGGGACACUUUUUAAAUAUUGCUCUUACAAACUUAGAAAGUGGAACGAAAAACACAAUACAAACUUGAAAAACCACAAAGGCAGGGGUUUACUCCAGUUUUUGUUGGAGUAAACCCUUGCCUUUGUUGUUUUUCAAACUUAGAAAGUGGAUAGAAUAAAAGGUUAUGCAUUAGCAUGAAUUUUCU